UUUCCCCGUUUCGUUUCCAUUUAGUGCUGUUCGUCACUCGAAGGUUGACUCGACUAGAUCUGCGAACAUCGAAAGCGUUUGAGCAAAGAAUCGGCAAAACAACCAAAAGCAAGUCCGUCCGAUUUGGUCCAUCCAAGUCUUCGAAAUCUGCGGACAUCAAUCUGCGGCACUGUUCGGUCUGUGCAUUUGUUUUUGUAAUCGACAUACCUUUGCUUAUCAACAAAACGUACAAGUUUCAGCCAUCACAAGCGCCUUCUUCAUCCAAGAAUGAGCUCGGAAUCGCAGGAGCACAACGCGGCUGUUCGACAGCAGCACAAUCACGCGCAUCAUCACCAUCCCCGUGCCGCCCAUACUCGGGAGAAUGAGGCAGCAUUUCAAGAGCACGAUUCGCUGCACAAGGCCAAUGUGGUUCAUGAAGUGCAUGAACACACAAGCGACGUCGACGCCGAACUCCACGCGCACCUUCCAUCGGGAAGCAUUUCUCCUCCUGCCGUGCAAAUAUCAUUCGCGCCGGCUCCAGUGAUUGAGCUGUUUGCUGCGCUGCAGCCCUCCGCUCUGAUCGGCAAAACGAGUACCUCAAGCCAAGAAAUGCAUCAGCAAAUCCACGCUCUGCAACGUGCUGCUGGAGUGGCUCGCCAACAACCUGACGAGCAGAUUCUGCGCCAAAUCAUCCAGCCAGGGGUGCUUGAUGGCGUGGUUAUGCUGCUGGGCCACGCAUGGACGCCAGUCGUGGUCAUCGAGGCUGCCAGGACGCUCGCCAAUUGGUCGCACCAUUCAGAAAUUCUCUCAGACCAGCUCAGCCGCCGAGGUGCGGUCGAAUCACUGCUUCAGCUCCUUCCCCGUCAUCUCGACAACAUGGAGGUGGUGCGCUGCGCAACGCAUGCCAUUGCCAAUCUGUUUGCGCACUCCAACGAAAAUGUCGUGCUGGCAACCAACAUUCAGAUUCCGUGGCCUUGCUCGGGCGCGCCCUUCCCGUGCGACCGGCCGGUCAGCGGUGUGGCCGCGCUGGUGCACUUGCUUCGUCAUACGGCGGAGCAGGGCUAUCCCACUGCAGCCGUGCAGGUCGCUCGAGGUCUGGCGCAUUGCACGCGCGUCCCGACCGCGGCAGCGUUGAUUCUGAGUGCCCAGUCGCUCAACCACAGCCCUGAUGACAAGGGCGCAUCCAACCCAUCGUCACCGUGCGCCGUCACUGGCUGCCCCCUCAAUUUUGAGAGCUCGGACGAGGCGAGCGAAUCCGACCAGUCCGAGCACCAUGACGCGCCGAAUUCCACGUCUGAACACGGCCUUCCUUCUCCCGCGCUUCGCACAACGAGUGCACCAAUGCCAAUCCCCGAGAAUUCUCUAAAUCGCGCACGCGACCAGUCUCGCGCGCGCUUCUACUCUUACGCCAUGGAUAUCUUUUCGGGAACCCUCAAGUGGUACCUCGAAGUGGAAGAGUACGCUCGGCAACACGGAGCAGAUCUUAACGUGGAGGAGAACGAGGACAACGAUGUCACCUUCUUCUUGGCGCGUGUGUUUGCCAACAUUUCCUUGAUGGAAGGAACGAGCGGUCGCUUUCUAUCCUUGGCCGAAAUUCCGCGUCAGCUCGUCGCCUUGCUGCAAAUCAAGCCCCACCCCGUUUCGAGCAGCAGGAUUUACGCGCCAAUCACGGCCAAGCUGAUUGCACAGACCGUGGCCAAUAUUGGCGUGCAUACGGCCUGCUGCGUCCAGCUGCUCUCCGAGAACUGCGCUGCCACUUUGAUCGCAAGCAUGCAGGCCGUUCUAGCGCCUAUUGUCGCGGCAUCAAGCGCCGGCUCACUGAGCCAGCAAUCAACCGCGCUUGCCGAGUAUCUCGAAGAGCAUUCCGAGCUGGUGCGUUGCCUGACGCAUGCGAUUGCGAACAUUGCCCAAGUCUCGCAAGACGAACGGGUGUUUGCUCCGCUCGUCCAGCCUCUGACGCUGGCUCUCACAGUCGCUCAAAACGAAGUGGUGCUUGCCACGUUCGGCAUGUGCAUCUUUAGCCUUUGCGCUGAUUCUCAAAUGGCACAUGCAUUUUCGCGCGCCGACUUGCUGGCACGGCUCCGUGCGCAGCACUCGCGCAUUAUCGUGUCGAGAAGCGAUCAGCUCGGGAGCGCUCACGUCGCAGCGGCCUUGUUCCAGCUCGAUCGUGCACAGCAGCCCCUUGUUGAGCUCCGACCUGCUGGAAUCCAUCCCGACCGCUUGUCCGAGCUGUUCGAAAAGUACGCGUACGAGGUGAAGAAGAGCUCGGACACGCCGGCGCUUGUGGACGAGCUACGAGACGAUCAGAUCUUCCGUAUGGAUUCCGACGAAGACAGUGAUGUGUCUUGCAACGAUGGGUGCGACGGAUGCACGCACGACGACGAAGCUCAAUGCCCAAUUUGCAUGGAGUGCGUCGCAGCUGGCGAUGUGAUGGUUCGCCUCCCAUCGUGUGGACAUGUCUUCCACGUUAGCUGCGUUGGACUGUGGCUCGAGUCGCAUACGGCGUGCCCAAUGUGCCGUUGCGAGGUGCUGAAGCGAUAAAAUGUGUGUUGGUUUUUAUGUCAAUGAUGUGGAAUUUAUUUUGGACAAUUUGCUCCUUGUACUAGUAUGUCAACGUUUAGCUGAAUAAAUUGGUUUUGACCU